CUUCUUGGGUUAGGUUUGUCUUCAAAAUCAGCAGAAGAAGAAGAAGUCAAAGACGAUAACAAUGGCGUCAUCAUCAUCACCAUCCUCUUACCUCCGAUUUGCGAUCGCCGUCAUAACUUUUCUCUCAAUCACCACCAUCUCCGUCGCACGUCCUUGCAAAACCUUCCUCAUCUCCUCAUAUUCCCUCUCAAUAACCCCAGAAAACCCUAACCUCGAAUCCGAUUUCACCUCCACUCGAUUCGUCACCGUUUUCACAAUCCGUCGUCUCAAUCCUCACCACAUCGUUCCUUUCUUCGUCAAUCGUCGUCACGAGAAGCCACAGAUCCAAUCGGAUCGUUCCCUCCCUUUGAUCUCUGAGAAUAUCAAUUCGUUUAGAGAUCGAACGAGAGAUAUUCUCAGCGUCGUCGUCGCUCUGUUGUUCGGUGUUGGUUGUGGUGCUUUAACAGCUGCUACUAUGUAUCUUGUUUGGGCUCUUGUUGUGAAUCGUCAGAGCUUUGAUUUUGAUGAAGAAGAUGAUUAUGAGAAUGAUGAAUCUGAUGCUGCUAGCUUGAAGAAAUUGGGUUAUGUUAAGAUUCCAGCUCCAGCUCCAGCUCCGGUGAAGGAAUCUGCUUGAUUUGAGGUUGUGAAUUCAGAUUCUGCUUAAUCAUCUCAUCAUGAUUUACGUUGUUAUAUGUUGUCUAUGUUGCAUCUAUCUGAUGGAUUUAUCUAAACCUAAUAUACUUAAGUAUCAUUGCUUUAUGAGUUGUAGUGGAUGUUUGUUAUAUAAGUGUGAUUAUGAAUGUUCGUUUAUAUAUGUUUAUGGAUGUAUUCACUAUUGUUGA